AUGCCUAAAAUAAACAGAUCACAAAGAGGACCUACAACCCACUUAUUGAAAAACACAACUAAACACUUAAAAACUGCAAUGUGUAUAGAAAAUAUAUCUUUUAAUGACUCUAAAACCAGGUCUAACAUAAUAGAAGAAGAGUGGGUCUCAACUACAGGGACCACUUCUAAUAACCAACUAAACAAGCAGAUAAAAGUCAUUGAUGCAUUUUUAAAUAAUUUAACAGAAGAUGAGAUAAAAAACAAAUCUGAGGUUGAGGAUGAAUUUACUGUAGUUUUUUAUAAGAAAAAUAAAACCAAAAAAUUAACAAAAGCUGCUGCAGCUUAG